AACUUCUUCGAUCAAUCGUUCAUCAUAUUACUUUUUAUUGCGUAGUAGCUGUGUACUGUGUGUGCAAUUAUUUUUCUCUCUCUUUGUCUUCGAUUUCGCGAAGCAGUUGACGCGCGUUUGUGAAAAUAAUUGUAAUUAAAUAGAAAAUAUCUAUCUACAACUAUCAAAAUGGUUGAUCAAAUUGAAAUGGCUUUAGAUGACAUCAUAAAAGCUAAUAAAAAAGCACCAAGCAGGGGCGGCGGCGCUGGACGUAAAUUCAAUACAGCAAGAAAACCUGGUGGCGGCCGUGGUGGAGCAGCUGGUGGUGGAUUUAGAAAUGGCCGCACGGGGGGCGUUUUGCGCGGUAGAAACCGUGGCGGUAUAUCUAAAUCAACAAAUUACUCAAGGGGCGAUGUUAACAGCGCAUGGAAACAUGACAUGUUCAAUGACUUUGGUGAACGGAAGAUUCAAAGAAACACCAUGCCAUCUAUCACAACUGGCCCCACAAAGUUAUUAGUAUCCAACUUAGACUUUGGAGUCUCCGAUUCUGACAUACAAGAGCUGUUCUCAGAAUUUGGAAUUCUGAAAAGUGCAGCUGUACAUUAUGAUAGAUCUGGAAGAUCUUUAGGUACUGCUGAUGUGGUGUUCGAGAGGAAAGCUGAUGCAUUAAAGGCUAUGAAGCAAUACAAUGGAGUACCAUUAGAUGGAAGAGCAAUGAAUAUUCAAUUAGCUACUUCUGAGAUAAGCAACUUUAGAAAUGAAGAAAGAAAUCGAAUUGGCGGUGGCGGUGGCAACGCUGGCGGCAAUGGACCAGUCAGGAGAAAUAUGAAUAGAGGUGGACCAAACCGAAAUCAAGGUGGAGGUGGAUCCCGUGGUAAUGCUCGCCGUCCUGGCCGUGGAGGUGCUGGAGCAGGCCGUGGGAAACGUCCCAUACCCACAGCAGAACAGUUAGAUGCUGAACUUGAUGCUUAUGUCAAAGAAAUUAAGUGAAUGAUAAGUUUGUGUAGUGUAAAAGACUAUUUUGUAAGUUUAUAAGUUUAGAAUAAACAUGAAGAACUUCAAGUAUUGACACCAGAUUUAACCGUAGUUAAUGGUUAAUGAAAAAUAUCAACAAAUUGAUAACAAUUAAAUUGAAAUUGUGUUUUGACUCAAUGUUAAAUGAUUGAAUAAACAUAAGAAUUUGGUACAUAUAAAUACAUUGUUAAUUAAGUCCACCUUUGUUGAAUGUAAUUACAUAUUUCUUAGUCACUAUCUCUAGGAAGUUGCUAUCUCCUUGUCAUUUUUUUGUGUCGUAUGAUAAGUCUUUGAUUAAUGUUAUUCCUAUAGGCUAAAUUAAAUUGGUGACUAUUUCGUUGUAUUGUAAUGGUAACAGCUAUACGAAUUUAGCAUUUACACAAAAAAAAAAGUAUGAAAGCUGUUCAAGUAGUACUAAAAUUAAAUGUAUACCAAGCAGAA